CAUACACAGAACUCUCGGACUGGUGCAAGACCAUGGGUGUCCAAAUGAUAGGACAUAGUACAUUUUACAAUAUCCAGAAGGUAUACUUGCACCCUGCUAUCGAGGAAGUGUAUAUUGAAAAAAGAACAGAACUCUUAGCAAGAGUGUUUUUAGAACAGGAGGAUGGAAAGAGGCUACACCUGACGGGUGAUGGCCGAUGUGACACGCCAGGUUUCAGUGCAAAAUACUGUCACUACACAUUUAUGUUGGAUGACACAAAGGAGAUGCUCCACACAGAACUGGUGCAGGUUACUGAGGCCACCAGCUCUGUUACCAUGGAACCAUUAGCUUUCAAAAGGGGCAUGACUGAGUUGAUGGACCAGGGCCUUGACGUGGAGGUGAUGGCCACAGAUCGCUCCACAUCGAUUCAAAAAAUAAUGAGGGAACAAUUUCCUAAUGUCCAACAUCAGUUUGACAUCUGGCACACAGCAAAAGGUUUCCGGAAGAAGAUGCAGAAUAAGGGGAAGAAAAAGUCAAACGAAAUCCUCCAUGCAUGGACCAGGUCAGUCGUAAACCAUAUGUGGUUUGCCUGUGCAACAAGUAAAGGUGACAUCAAGGCAUUGAAACGCAGGUGGAAGUCCAUUACACACCAUGUGUGUAAUGAGCAUGAGUGGACAGAUGACAACAGAGAACAGCAUCGGUGUGACCAUGCUACUCUAUCAGACCAGGAGCAAAAGAAGCGUAUGUGGAUGAAAAAAGAUUCUGUGGCGUUUCAAGACCUGUCAUCGUUGGUGCUUGACAAAAGGCUUCUGAGAGACAUGGAUAAGAUGGCCCUAUUCAAACAUACAGGCCCACUUGAAGUAUUUCACAGUGCACUUCUAAAAUACAUCCCCAAACGGCAGGCAUUCUCAUUCCAGGGAAUGAAGGAGCGAUGUUACCUUGCCAUCCUGGAGCACAAUGAGAACAUUGUCAAGAGGAAGCAGGACACAACCAAGACAGGACAAGCACGGUUUAACCAAGUCUUCUGCAAGAGAUCCAAACAGUGGGUCUUGAAGAAAAUCUUCACACCACACACCACCCAGUUUAUAGACACACUCAUCAAGAGGGUCAUGGAUAGAAGACGCAACCCAAACAUUCAAUUUACAGUGCCAACCUCAUCACUUACACUGCCACAGCCUGCGCUGCCACCCAACAUUGCACCAGUCCCAAAACCAUCAAAGGAAGCUGCCACAGCUUCUUUCCAGAGCCGCUUCUAAAACCGGCUUACCAUAGCACCUACAGUAAAAUCAGAUUCUGCCUCAGCUGUUUAUAUUUCAUUAUUUAUUUUUUGCCUGCUUUGUUUCUAUAUAUUGUGCAAAAUAUAUUUUUUGUUUUCUAUCUCUUUAUUUAUUUUAACUUGUACCUUUGAAUAUGGUAGAAAUGCUUUGUUGUGAAUAUUAAAACAAAAAAAUUGUUCAUCUUACCCUGUACUCCAGUGUACAAUAAAGUUCUA